UGAUUGGCACAAACCAAAGUAAAGCUUCCAACAGAACAAUCAAGAUGCAAUUGCUGCCCUCCAUCCUUGUGCUCUUAGCUCUGGUCAUCUGCGCCGCCUGCACAAACCACGAGGAGUGGGGAGGACACCGACCCGGCGAUUACGAACCCAGGCCAUACUCAAGGCAAUUUUAGUUGCCAGGAUCUGCAGCGAGACCCUUAAAGCCCUUUUUCAACCAAAAUAAACCAAUUAACUUAGUAA